CUUGACGAGUGCCUGCCUCAGCCCCAGGAGGAGUCUGGGGCCCCGAGCCGUCCCCCGAGGCGACAGAGACGACCACUUGCUGUCCCCUGGAAGUGAUAGAUAACCAAAGUCUUUCCCAGAGCCACGCUGACCUCCCCAGCCUUCCCCACGCGUCAGGAACCGUCCCCAGAACAUCCCCGGAGAUACCUGCCACUCCCCAGGGGCCCACGGGGGAGUGCAGCCGUACCCAGCUGCCUCCAGAGGAUCACGAAGCCGUCCCUACAAGUCCCCUAUGCGAUAUGAAACCCCCCAUUCUUCUCGAAGGUUACCAAGAAAUAACUAACAAGUCACAACCCCUGAGGGAAGUCCCCAGCUGCCCCCAGGACCCAGCACAGCCCCCAGAGAAUGCCCAGGCUAAUCCCCAAGCAGCGCAACCAAUCCCCAGUGAUCCCCAAGAUGAAACAAGACCUCCAUGGCCUUCCCACGCCCCAGACCAAGUCCCCAGGUCCUCUCAGUACCCCUUGGUAGUUCCCAGCAUCUCCCAAACUCUGGACUUCCCCGUCAUUCUCCAGGGGCAUGCUUACUCUCAAAAUGACCUCCCUGAUGUAAUCCUUGCAGCGCAGAGGAGCACCUACACCCCAGGGCACCCCAGUAGUCCCCCGGGGGUCGUCAGUCCUCCCCAACUCAUCCCACAGCCCCAGGAAGACCACAGGAACCCUCUAGAUGUCUCACAGGCCACCACCGGUCACACUUUUGAGGAGUAUGAGGAGGAGGAGGAGGAAGGGGAAGAAGGGGAGGAGGAGAGAAGGGGCGGGCUGGCUGCUGCUGUGUCAAGGGUCGUCAGAAGAAGCAUGAGGAAGAUGAGGAGGCUGAGACUGUCCGGGCGGAGGAAAAACCUGAAGAAAGAACUGAAGGAGGCGCUGAAGGAGGGAAUGAACUGGUAAGCGAGGAGACUGAAGGAAGACGAGCCCUCCCAGCCGCUCCUCCCCUGGGACUCUCCACGGUGAGGUCUCCAGCUGCUGCCUCUAUCAUCGUGACUUCCCUCAUGGCAUCUUUGUCCCUCCCGCCCCUUCACGACGCCCUAAGGGAAACGCUGCCUCCACCACCAACGCCUUCCUCCUCGCAGCAACAGCACCAUCAGGAUUUGAGCAGUCAGGAGGAGGAAAGAAGAGGAAGAGGAGGAGGAGAAGACACCCAUGAAGACAGAAGAGGAGCAGGAGGAGGAGGAGGAGGAGGAGGAGGAACAGGAGGAAGACAUCAAGAAGAUUUUUACCUCCCAGUUACCUCCCCUCCUCCAUCUAUCUCCCCCUUCCCCCGACCUCCCCUCUCACCUCCCCUCCCCCUCCUCCCCUCCCCUCAGUUUAGAGGUGGAGGUGGGGGGUACAGCAGCCCUCAAGGGGACGGUGGAGGCGGAGGGGGGCAGCGGGGAGGUGGGGAGCGCCGUCCCUCAUCCCCCGCCCGAGUUUCUCUCCCCCACCUACGGGAGAGGGGAGAGAGAGGGAGAGGAUGAGAGAGAGAGGGAGAGGGGAGAAUGAUAGUAAUAAUAAUAGUAAUAAUAAUAGUAAUAAUAAUAAUAACAGGCAAACAUCUCUAAAUGACCUUGAAAAUAAUAACAAUAACAACAACAACAACAACAACAACAAUAACAAUAACAGCAACAACAACAACAACAACAACAGCAACAGCAAUAAUUAUGAUCAAGGGAAGAGACGAAGCUGAUGGAAGAGGAGGAGGAGGAGGAGGAGGAGGAGGAAGAGGAAGACGCAGAAGAAGCAGUAAUGAAGGAGGAGGAAGAAGAGGAGGAGGAGGAGGAGGAGGAGGAGGAGGAGGAAGAAGAAGAACCUCCUCCCCUGCCUCUCCUAGAAGUCGUGUUUUCUCAGGCGUGGGCGGGGCACGGGCGGCGGGCGGCACCUGGAGUCACGGACACUCGAGUCUCUUCGCCUCCCUUGCUGUGACAUCAACCACCUUCAACAUAUCUCGUUUCGCUGUCCUAGGGGCGCGGUUCGGCUGGCCGUUUGUGGUACAGUGGGCUGUUGUCUCCGUGUUCCUAGGCCUCCCCCUCAUGUCCUUCCACGUUACUCUUGGCCAGUACCUCGGUAGCGGAGUGGUAGACAUGUGGGCUAUCUCGCCUAUCUUCCAGGGCGUGGGCUACAGUCUCCUGGUUGGCUCAGGCGAUGGUGGGCCUGUACUGCUGCGUCCCAGUGGCCUGGUUGUUCGUUUUCUUCAGGGAUUCCUUUAUAACCCACAAUAAUAUGUUUAGAUGGGGUGACUGCAGACUGGUCAACUGUUCACUGGACGACAAUUUCUCCACAAUUAUCAUCGAGGGAAUUCCAAAAUAUUUCAACUCCCAGGUGUUGCAGCGCGGGGAGGAGGACGUCUCGUGGUUACAGGAGCUGGGAACUCUCCGCUUCGAUAUGGCAUUUAAUGUUGCCCUGAUCUGGAUCAUCACUCUCAUUGCUCUUAGCCGUGGUAACCAAUCCUACGGGAAAGUGUGUUACCUGGUGUUUCUCGUGCCCGUGCUGUGUUACCUGGUGGUGGCCUUGUACUUGAUAUCCAGCGCCAGGGACACACCCUUAGCAGCAGACACCCUUACCUCCUUCAGCGACUUCUUCAUGAACAGUAGAUCGUGGAUGGCCGCCAGCAGGGAGGUGUUCCUGGUGUGGGGCUUUCACGGCGCCGUCCUGCAACAGAUGGCAGCGCACAACAAGAGGAGUCACCCUUUGCAACGGGACACGACCUUGCUGUGGGUGGUGACGAGUGUGGUGCUGGUGGUGGCGGCAGCGGCGGGGCUAUCCUGUGUGGCUGGGCUGCGGCAGAGAGACCUCGCCUACACGCCCUCGUCCUUUGAGACGACAAAGAGAGCGCAGUUUCUGGUAGAGAGACAGGAACCCACCCAGCAGGAGAACGUGUGGCAAACUCAACUUGGCCCUCUCAGCCCAACCCGUACUGCCAACUUCCACUAUCACGAUAAUUUCUACGCUGGUAUACGCAUCCGGCCACCUAUCCUGAGGACUAUGGCAGGCAUGAGGUCCAGCAACGCCCCGUCUCCCCCCAGCGGGUACCAGUCCCUACGCAUUGCCACGGAGCUGUUCCCGGCUCUUCUGGCUGUCAACGGCGCUCAGCAAAUCUCUCCCUUUUGGUCCUCUCUCUUCUACCUCAGUCUCCUGCUCUUCGGCAUAGCGCAGCAGCUGGCAGUGUGGCGUACGGUCGUGGAGGCUGUCAUCUGUAUUAACAGGAAGAGACUACAGGGUUGGGAGACUUUCAUUACCUUCCUGUGUUGCCUCUUCGGGUUCUCUGCGGCCCUUCCUAUGGCUACUGGUGCUGGCAUUCACAUCCUCUACUUUCUUGACUACGUGGUAAGCUGCGGCUGGUGGCUUAUGAUUCUACAGCUAGUGCAGAUCUUCGCGCUGCUGUUCGUGAGGGGCAAGCCUUACAGUGGACAGGAUAUAGUGAGGGAGCUGAUGGGGCGGCAAGACCAGUGUCGCUCGCUGUGGCUUGGCUCUCUAACCUCCUUCUCCUGGAAUAUCAUUGUACCAGUGGGCCUCCUUGUCCUCUCCAUUUCUUCCUUCAAGUCUGGUCAGUUUAAGGAGGUCUUCGCGUGGACCAGCUCCCCCUACUGGCCCACGUGGGUGUGUCAGCUGGCCGCGGCACUUCAGCUGGCCCCGAUUCUACUGGUGCCUCUCGUCGGACUCGUUCAGACAUGUCGGUAUCUUGCACUGACUGAUGCUGACUUGUUCGAGAGGAUCCAGCUGCUAUAUCGCCCGUCCCUCCUGCAGCAGGUGAGGGUCGGGGGCUCCGUCACCUCUCACUCGGAGGGGAAUGAUAGGGAGGAAGAGGGAGGCGAGGGGGGAGAGGACUCAGAAGCCAGUCUCACUCCACGCCCUUACAGUGACCCCCCUCCCAAGUACACCCCUCCCCCUUCCUACUCUACUGCGACUGGGGCGAGAUUUGCCAAGCUUCUCAACUCCAGCGUGCGAAACAGCAUGAGGCGUCUCCGCAGCACUCUCCGCGCAGCACCUCCCAGCACCACAGAGGGGCAGGGGGCAGCGCAGAGGGACCCUGAGAGCAGCACAGCACCACAACCCACACCAUACAUUCCUCCACCAGACUACACCACAUCACCACCACAAUACUCCACUUUGGACCCACUCCGGCGACAACAGGCUCUAGCGGCACUUGGCACAGCUGCGGCGCCCCCACCCAGUGCCUGCGUGAAGGUGGAGGAUGAGGCAAGGGCGGCGCAGGCUUCAGGGACACAGCAGAUGCAGCCACAGACGUCACACAGUCCCUCUUCUCCGCUUCACAGAUCAAGUUUCCGACGGUCAAGCUUCCGACGUAGUUUCGCAUCGGGAGUUCGCCGCAGCGCAAGGAGACUGGCGGCGAGUUUAGGCAUGCGUGGGGGCGAGGACGGGGCAUGGCUGGUGCUGGGGGGUGAUGGGGAGGCAGGGGCGUCAGGGGGAGCAGGGGGAGCUGGGUUAACAGGGGCAGCAAGGCAGAGUCAGUCACAACCAUUUGUUUACACGAAUAUUGAACUGUUGUCUCAUUCCCAUGCUUAAGUUGGCUUGUGGUUGGGUGGGCGCUCUCUCUCUCUCUCUCUCUCUCUCUCUCUCUCUCGUCAUUUUUUUAAUUUCUCAACAUGAUAAAAAAAAAAACGAAGAAAACUUGUCUCCCCUCUCUCUUAUUUCCUUCCUGUUUUCGUUUUUAUUCCCAUUUUCUUUGUUUUGUUCCCGUUUUCUUUUCCUUUCCUUCCCAUUUUCUUUUUCCUUUUUUUCUUUUUCUUUAUUUCUAUUUUCCUUUUCCUUCCUUUUUUUUCCCCGUUUUCUUCCACGUCCACCUCCCGUUUUCUCUCCCGGUGCUGUGUGAUCGCCCAGGCAUUAGUAUUUAUAAUGUACAUACUCAAAUACUUAGUGUGAUAAUAUCCUCAUUUAUUAAUUUCAUAUCUUGUACAGUCCCCCCAUCACACGCCCUAGCCCCAUUUUCUAUCAUCUAACAUAGUCCCUCCCUCCCUGCAGUCCGUCCACAUGCUCCGUUUUCUUUCAUGUCCGGUCGGUGGUGAUAGAAAACAGGUCGUUGUUGUUGUUGGUUCUCCUCUUUUGUAUCUCUCGUUUUCUUUCCGUUCUCGAGUCACUAAGAUGUAAAUGUGCAAUAAAAUGUAACUGUUUG